AUGUUUCUAUGUUCAGUAUGGCCUCGUCUGCGCGUUCUCGCUCGAUCCUCGCCUCAGGAUAAAUAUAUUCUAGUGAAUGGAAUUAUUUGCAGUCACCUUCGACCGAAUAGAGAGGUCGUGGCAGUAACUGGCGAUGGAACUAACGAUGGACCAGCAUUGAAACGAGCUGACGUUGGUUUCGCAAUGGGUUUGGCGGGAACGGAUGUAGCCAAGGAGGCAUCUGAUAUCAUCCUAACAGAUGACAAUUUUAGUAGUAUUGUCAAGGCGGUCAUGUGGGGUCGAAAUGUCUACGAUUCUAUUGCAAAAUUUCUUCAAUUCCAACUGACAGUCAAUGUUGUGGCUGUAAUUGUCGCAUUUGUUGGAGCCUGUAUUAUUACAGAUAGUCCCUUGAAGGCUGUUCAAAUGCUCUGGGUGAAUUUGAUUAUGGAUACUCUUGCAUCUUUGGCUCUCGCAACAGAUCUACCUUCUGAGGAACUCCUGGAAAGAGCUCCUUAUGGACGCACCAAACCUCUCAUCAGUCGAAAUAUGAUGAAAUUUAUUAUUGGACAAGCUCUUUACCAAAUUGUUGUUAUUUUCACCCUUCUCUGGGCUGGUAAGUGA